AUGGUACCAGCAAUGCUGAUGACACAGCGCGCACGGCUCCCUUCCACCUUGACCUCUGGUGCUACUUCACACUGCAAAACUGGGUUCUGGACUUUGGCCGCCCCAUCGCCAUGCUCGUGGAGCGGUCUCCCCGCACGCUGCCACGCUCCCUCACCUACGUCAGCAUCAUCACCUUCAUCAUGGGUGCCAGCAUCCACCUGGUGGGCGACUCCGUCAACCACCGCCUGCUGUUCAGCGGGUACCAGCACCACCUGUCCGUGCGUGAGAACCCCAUCAUCAAGAACCUCCAGCCCGAGACACUGAUCGACUCCUUCGAGCUGCUCUACUACUAUGACGAGUACCUGGGCCACUGCAUGUGGUACAUCCCGUUUUUCCUCAUCCUCUUCCUGUACUUCAGCGGCUGUUUCACGGCUGUGAAGGCUGAGAGCCGGAUGCCAGGGCCUGCCCUGCUCCUGGUGGCUCCCAGUGGCCUGUACUACUGGUACCUGGUCACCGAGGGCCAGAUCUUCCUGCUCUUCAUCUUCACUGUCUUCGCCAUGCUGGCCCUGGUCUUGCACCAGCAGCGCAAGCGCCUCUUCCUGGACAGCAACGGCCUCUUCCUCCUAGCCUCCUUCGCGCUGGCCCUCCUGCUGGUGGCGCUUUGGGUGGCCUGGCUGUGGGAUGACCCUGUGCUCAGGAGGAAGUACCCGGGCGUCAUCUACGUCCCCGAGCCCUGGGCCUUCUACACGCUCCAUGUCAGCAGUCAGCGCUGAGGCCCUGGCCCAACUCGGCACUCGGGGUGGGAGGUGGGCAUGG